CCUAAAAUGAAAUCACAACUUUUCUUCUUACGAGUUUAACACUCCAAUUAUGGAAAUAUUAAUUACAUAAUUUUAUAAAUAGUUCUCUUUUCUAAUUUCGGGCAAAAUAAUAAAUAAAUAAAAUAGCUUAGACUAGAGCUAUAUAAUAAGUUUAUACCAAUAAUAUCAUUAUUAUCCCACAACUAAUUGCAAAUUAACAAUUGAAAAGAAAAGGAAAGAAAUUAGAGUUUUGGUUAAGACAAACAAGCAUAUUCUCUCGCUUUUUACUCUCAUUUUCUCGGCUUGCCUUUAUAUUUUCCUGGAAAAGUUACGGUAAACAGAGAAAUCUAAUGGCUCCUCAUGGCGACAAAUCUCAUGCUGCGGAGGAAGCCGCAGUUUCUCAGGCUGAAAACAGCCCCAUUUCCACAAUCCUCAUCGUCAUCGCUAUGCAAACUGAAGCGCUUCCUGUGGUGAACAAGUUCCAGCUUACAGAAGAUCCCCGCUCGGCCUUCCCUUCAGGGGUACCUUGGGUCCGAUAUCAUGGUAUUUACAAGGAUCUUCAUAUUAAUGUAGUUUGGCCAGGAAAAGAUUUAUCUCUGGGGGUUGACAGUGUUGGCACUAUUUCAGCAUCUCUUGUGACAUAUGCUUCUGUCCAAGCAUUAAAGCCAGACCUUAUCAUAAAUGCUGGAACAGCUGGUGGCUUUAAAGCCAAAGGAGCAGGCAUCGGUGAUGUUUUUCUUGCAUCUGAUGUAGCUUUCCAUGACAGAAGGAUCCCUAUUCCUGUUUUUGAUCUUUAUGGAGUUGGUUUACGGCAGGCCUGCUCAACACCCAAACUUUUGAAGGAGCUUAAUCUAAAGGUUGGAAAGUUGUCUACUGGUGACUCCUUAGACAUGUGCCCACACGAUGAAGCAUCAAUCACUGCAAAUGAUGCUACAAUCAAAGAUAUGGAAGGUGCAGCUGUUGCAUACGUAGCUGAUAUUUUCAAGGUUCCUACAAUAUUUGUUAAGGCUGUGACUGAUAUAGUGGAUGGAGAGAAGCCAACUGCAGAAGAAUUCUUGCAGAAUUUGGCCGCAGUUACAGCAGCCCUUGAGCAGUCAGUCACCCAAGUAAUUGAAUUUAUCAAUGGAAAGAGCCUCUGUGAACUUUGAUGGGUGUCUUACUUGCAAUCGUUUCAUACACAUUCAGUUCCAAAAAUAUUAGAAUUGAUCGGUUAUAUGUCCUUUCAUAUUGUCCAACAGGCCAAAAUAAUAACAUGGUUCAGUGGCACAUCUCUUAAACAACUCACAACUAUGUGGUUUUAGUCUUCAAAAUCUGUAUAUUGACAUAUUUUUAGCCGAUUCUAAACUCUGUAAUCUUUUUUGCCCCCUUGUGCUUGAGGCUGUUUGCCAUGAUAGCAAUAAUUUUGGGGUGCUCGAUAAUUUCCCUUGCAAACAGGUGUUUUUCUUUCAAUAAACUCUUCAUUCUGUUUUUGGCUGAAA